AGCGGCUGUCGCGGUCAAUAUGCAAAAAUUAUAUUCCGGAGCGUGAUAGUUUUAGUCUCAAUUCCCUAAAGAAAAACACAGUGAUUAGUCUUAUCCUUUCCGAUAGAAUCCAGACUAACAGAUGGAAAUAAAUCCUUGUAAUUGGUAGGUUGGAUCUGUCAAUACGUACCAAGAUUAAACUACUCCCUACACUUAUUUAUUGCAAGUGAGGUGGCUCUAAACUAUAACUAAAUGGGCAAGUUGGCACGUCAUUUGUUUCAGAUUAAAACAACAUAUUAAAUCUCAUUUAUAAUUCAUUUCAUGUUAUGUCACGGAUAGAAAUUUCACCUGCUUGAGAAAAUAAUCUAUAAGGAAUUGGAAUGAAAUCGAUAUCAAUCAAUCGGCAAAAGUCUAAAGUUUCUCUAUUAUUAUCUUACAAAUUGUAAGUUUCAAGCGACCUUCAUUGAUUUCAUUGCCUUAUAAAUUGCAUCUGAAUCUGCACUGCAUUCCCACACCGCCACCGUCUCUGUAAGAAGAGCAAGGACGCGACUUGCCAGUCACAGACCCACAAUGGGCGUACGCAGAAGCUACACCGUCACGAUCAGAGCGGCGGAGACGAUCGCCCCGGCGGAGAGGCGGCCGGAGCACCGCCUCCCGAUGUCCAACCUCGACCUCCUCCUCCCGCCCAUGGACGUCGGCGUCUUCUUCUGCUACGAGAAGCCAAUGCGGAGCUUGGAGGCGAUGGUGGCCGUGCUCAGCGUGUCGCUGGCGCAGGCGCUGUCCACGUACUACCCAUUCGGCGGCGAGGUCGUGGCCAACUCCCUCGGCGAGCCGGAGGUGCUCUGUAACGGCCGCGGCGUAGACUUUGCUGCCGCCUACGCUGACGUGGAGCUCCGGGAGCUGGCGCUGGGCGACCCCGACGACUCCGUAGAGGGCAAACUCAUGCCGAAGAAGAAGGCCGGAGUUUUCUGCGUCCAGGCCACCGGUCUAAAGUGCGGCGGCCUCGUUUUGGCGUGCAAGUUCGACCACCGCGUCGCCGACGCCUACUCCGCCAACAUGUUCCUCGUCUUCUGGUCGGAUCUCGCCACCUUCGGCCACGGCACCCGCCUCCCUUCCUUCUGCCGCACCCUGCUCUCUCCUCGUCUACCCCUCCGCAUCCACGCCUCCAUCGAUCGUCUCUUCGUCCCCGUCUCCUCCCUCCCGCCGCCACCCAUUAGGCCACCUCUUCCCGCCGACCUCUUCGUCAACCGCAUCUACUACAUCACCAACGCCGAUAUCGUGAGCCUGCAAUCCUCCACGCGCGGGCGCACCAAGGUGGAGGCCUUCACCGCCUACCUCUGGCGCGCCUUGGCCAAGGCCGCCGAGGCAGAGGGCGAGCGCUGGUGCCGCAUGGGCGCCGUGGUCGACGGCCGCACCCGCCUCAGCGCCGCCAUGGGGAAUUACUUCGGCAAUGUGCUGUCGAUCCCGUUCGGGAGCAUGGAGGUCGCGGAGCUGCGGGGGAUGGGGCUGGGGGAGGUGGCGGAGAGGGUGCGCGGGUGGUUGCGGCCGGCGACGACGGAGGACCACUUCCGUGCGUUGGUCGACUGGGUGGAGGCGCACCGGCCAGAGCCCGCCGUGGCGAGGAUAUACAUGGGCGAAGCGGAAGGGGGUCUGGCGUGCGUGGUGUCGUCGGGGAGGGCCUUCCCGGUGCAGGAGGUGGAGUUCGGGUGGGGAAAGCCGGCGUUCGGGUCGUACCACUUCCCCUGGGGCGGCACCUCCGGCUACGUGAUGCCGAUGCCGAGCGCGAGGGGGAACGGAGACUGGAUCGUCUACGCGCACCUUCGGAAGAGCGUGGUGGCGGUGCUCGAGGCGGAACAACCGCCGGCGUUUCGGCCAUUGACGCCAGAUUACUAUCUCACCGACAUCAACUAAAACCGCCGCCGCCGCCGCCGCCGCCAAAGUAGCCGACGGCUGCUAUGCCUAAAUAUCUACAUCUGUACAAUCCUUUGAAGUCUAUGUCCUGCUCGAUUACUACGUGUUCUGUUCCAAGAAAAUUGUGUAAAAUGUAUGAUCAAUAUAAUGGAUUAUAGAUGAUAACUUAA